UCCUUUCCUUGCUUCGGCUGCGGCGGGCGAUCGGCCGGGAUGCGGAGCGGGUUCCUGAGCGGCGCCCGGCGCCUGUGGGCCCUCCGCGGCCUCAGCCGCACUACGCCGCCGCCCGAGGAGCUCUUCGCCCGCGAAGGGCCCCUAAGGGCCUUCCUGGAGCGCCGUGCAGGCUCGGAGGCCGGGGAUCCGGACGCCGCCGGGGGAAGUCGGCUGGCGGCGGCCGCCCGGAUGCUCAGCGAGAAGGAGCGGGAGUUGCGGGACACCGAGCCCUUGCUGCACGAUGAGAAUGAAGACUUAAGGAAACUUGCAGAGAGUGAAAUAACUUUGUGUCAGAAAGAAAUAACUCAGCUGAAGCACCAGAUCAUUUCACUUCUGGUUCCUUCAGAAGAAACAGACGAGAGCGACCUGAUCCUGGAGGUGACUGCGGGUGUGGGUGGUCAGGAAGCCAUGCUUUUCACUUCCGAGAUGUUUGACAUGUACCAGCAGUACGCUGCGUUUAGAAGAUGGCAUUUUGAAACCCUGGAAUAUUUCCCAAGUGAACUAGGCGGCCUGAGGCAUGCGUCGGCCAGCAUUGGAGGUCCGGAAGCCUAUAAACUCAUGAAAUUUGAAGGAGGCGUGCACAGAGUCCAGAGAGUGCCGAAGACAGAGAAGCAAGGCCGAAUCCACACCAGCACCAUGACAGUGGCAAUUCUGCCCCAGCCUACUGAGAUUAAACUGGUGAUUAAUCCUAAGGAUCUGAGAAUUGAUACUAAGAGAGCAAGCGGAGCUGGGGGCCAGCAUGUAAAUACCACAGACAGUGCCGUUCGGAUUGUUCAUCUUCCUACAGGUGUUGUUUCUGAAUGCCAGCAAGAGAGAUCUCAGCUGAAGAACAGAGAGCUGGCUAUGAAAAAGUUACGCGCAAGGCUAUACAGCAUGCAUCUAGAAGAAGAAACUACUAAAAGAUACAAUGCUAGAAAGAUCCAGGUUGGAACUAAAGGAAGAUCAGAGAAAAUAAGGACAUACAACUUUCCACAGAACAGGGUCACAGACCACAGAAUAAACAAGUCACUGCAUGACCUUGAGAGCUUCAUGCAAGGAGACUGCCUUCUGGAUGACAUGAUCCAGUCACUGAAGGACUAUGCGGAUUAUGAGUCUCUAGUGGAAAUCAUUUCCAGAAAAGACUAAGUGCUUCAUAAAGCUGUUUCUACAUAGACUAGGAAAAUCCUGGAGCAAAUCCAUUGUGUGCAAAGACUUAACUGGUAUUCUCUUGAGGAAUGGAAGUUAACAGCUUCUUGGACUCUUCUCUAUAAAAAAAAAUGAGACACAAAGGAAGACAGUUGUUUUUAUGCAAAAUAUUUAAUAGGUGAUGAAAAAUUUCAAAUACUAAGCAGAAAUAUCUAUGUCAAUGCACUGUAAAGAAACAGAAUCUGACAGUGGAAUUAACUAGGACUGAGAGAGUGACCUACAUGAAGUUCUGAGCGAAAGCACACCCUUACAGGAUGCUCCAUUCCACACGCUAGAGAUAGAGGGAGGCCUGUGUUAGGGCAUGGCACAGCCUACUUAACGGUGGAAGGGUUCCUGGGUUCCUUGCAGCUGGUAGCAUGGGCCUUCCAGACAGAGAACCUCAAGCCCAUGGGGCAUGGGAAGCAAAAAGCCUCCUGUUAAAGUGUGAGCAAAAUUUACUGGAUUAUAA